AAUGGGUGUAUAAGAAGAAAUGCAAUGCUGAAGGUUCACAUGGUAUGUCUUCUAGCCGAUGGGGAGGAUAUUACUUUUGAAGAAGCCAAGCACGAUGAAAAAUGGAGAGAUGCCAUGAACGAAGAAAUAAAAGCGAUUGAGAAGAAUCAGACCUGGGAACUUACCAAUCUCUCGAGAGGUCAUAAGCCGAUCGGAGUCAAAUGGGUGUAUAAGAAGAAAUGCAAUGCUGAAGGUAUGGUCGAGCGAUACAAAGCUCGGCUUGUUGCAAAAGGUUACAAGCAAAAGGCUCGGAAUGAGAGACCGAAGAGAAUUAAGAUUAGGGGAGGAAUUUGUUGGGAUUAAUUAAUUAAUCUUAAUUAGUUUACUUCCUAGGGAACAUAAAUUAUCUUUCCCUACUUUUAUUGGAAAGAUGAAAGGUCUUCUUGGAAAGGUAAAUUGUAUUUCCUAGGGAUUAUUUUACUCCUCUUGUAAUGCCUAUAUAAGG